UUUCACCAAGUGCUAACAUCUACAUGUGCUGAUUCUACUAUUCUUUGCUAGAUGAUCAAAGAAACCAGCUGACGUGUGUGAAUCUGAAGACAUCAUGGAAUCAGACAGAACAAUGAAAGGAAACCACAAUGAGAGUGGCCAAAAGGAAGAAAAUACAGCAACAGAGGAAAGCAAAAUUCUGAAAUUGCUAACAACAGUGUUGCUCUAUUUGUCCUAUGCAGGAUUGACUGAAUCUGGGACAGAAGUCACAGAACCUAAUCAAUGGGGAGGUUAAAUAUAGGUUACAAGUUUUUAAGAGAAGGGUAUGGCUGAUGGACUAAUCGCUGUGACAUUUCUAGACCUUAGAGACCAGCUAGACGUAGAUACAGCGACUAUGUCAUUCACAUUCACAACACGUUUUGCUGGGGUAGCAUUGGGGAGUAUGUCAGCAGGGUAUCUUACAAAUAUCAAAACAUUAAAUAAAACACUUCUUCUUGGGAUAUACCUGAUUGUAAGCUCUGUGUUAUUUAUUGUGACACCAUGGUUACAGCAUGUUGCCCUGGUGAUGUUGCUGAUUGGACUUUCUGGAAUAUCAACUGGUUCAGCAGAUACAGUUCAUAAUGUGUUAGUGAUACUGACGUGGGGGCAACAGUCCGGACCGUACCUCCAAGGCCUCCAUUUCUCUUUCACUGUUGGGGCUUUUAUUGCUCCGGGAAUUGCAAUGCCAUUCAUAUCAAAACAAAUACAAAGUGCUGAUAACAAUGGUGCAGAUGUAUUUGCAGAUCCAACAGAAACUCUUAGAAAUUAUACAAUACUCGACACCAGUGUUCCAACAGUGAGUGAAUCGAAUCAUACUGUAAAUGACAAUGUUACAACAAUGGUGACUACAAUGACAAAAUCAAGGAUUGUAUUUGCAUAUUUGAUCAUAGGACUUUAUGUUGGAAUAUUGGGAGUAUGUUUUUGCAUACUAGUGAGAUUUAACAAGCAAAGAGGUUAUCAACCUGCAAACGAAGUACGAGAGCAAGAUGAAGAAAAUUAUACCGAUGAAUCACAAGAUACAUUACCUCGAUAUUAUAAAAUUAAGUUUCUCAUUUUAUUAGGAAUGAUAUUCUUUGCAUAUGGUAGUUUGCAAGCAUUACUAGGAGGACUUCUUAUACCAUUUGUUGUACAAGGUCUUGAUUGGACUAAACAGCAAGGUACUUUGAUAGUAUCAGCUUUCUGGAUAACAUUUGCAAUAUCACGUCUUGUAACUAUCCCAAUAUUUGCAACUCAAUUCAUACAAGUUACACAGCUUAUUCUUAUAAACAUUUCCAUGAUAUUUAUCUCAAGUAUUAUUUUUGUCAUUUUUGUCCAAUAUCAUUUUAUUGUAGUAUGGAUUACCAUGUUAGUAAUAGGCAUAGGGCAAGCUACGUUACUUGUAGCUGCAAUGCUAUGGUACCGAGAAAACGUUAUGCCUAUGACUACAGGGCUCAUACCAAGUAUUCAAAUUUCAUCACACUGUUUAGGGGCCAUCUCAGUACCUUUAUUGGCUGGAUAUCUUAUUGACAAAGUCCAAGCCAUGUGUUUCCCUUAUGUUAUUGUAACAUUAACGACAUUGAUGACAUCCUUGUCUUGUUUCACCUAUGUGUCUGUAAGACUUUACAAAAAGAGACAUAAGCAGACUGAGAUAGCAACAGAGGUUGAAAUGAAACCAAUGAUGUGAAAUAAAAAAAGAAACAUUCAAGAAACAUGGUUUUCCAAUGCUCAACAACUUGACAGGCUAAGGAACAUGAUAUUAGCAGCAUGAUUACAUAUAAAUGAAAGAAAAUGUAUGUACAUGAAAUAUAAAUAUAAAAUAUAGUAUUUUAUAGUAAAAAUAUUAAAAUGUUGGAGAAAUUAAUAA